CCAAUGCCAGUGUGUGUCCAUGUGUAAAGGUGCGAGGGAGUCUUUCGAGUGCGCGCGGAUAGGAGAGCGCGUGCUACGCUAUCCGGCCUUUGGUCUGAGGCGCGACAGUGGAACGAGUCAGUGCUGCGCGGGCCUCCGGUGCGCGCGGACGUUAACUUUUUUUCGCAUGAACGGGCUUGUAAGAGUGACGACAAAAAUUCGAGAUAAUUAACAGGCUGUAAAAAAGUAGCGAAAAGUAACGAAAAAAUAGGGAAAAAGAGACCAAAAAAUCCUUAAAAAUGUACAUUUUUUAUUGAAAAUAUAAACUUUUAUGAGACACUAUAUACACGUAAAUACGAAUAAAAGCUUGUACAAAACUUGUACAGAUUUUGGAUGAGUAAACUUGAAUUCUUCCCGAUGUAAUCGGCUGCUCGUCGAGACCCACGAAGACGGCGAAAGACUAACGAAUUUAUUAAUUCUAUUUCGGUAACCUCGGACAAUCUCUCUUUCUCUCUCUUUCGCUCCUUCUCUCGAUUUCGCGUCCGAGAGAGAGAAAUUUCAAGUGGAGAAAAAGACGAGAAAAGCGCGCUUCGCGUCUGUGGAGCUCGUGUGCAUCAGCGGCUCUUCGUUCAAUCACGGGAGUCGAGCAUUUCUUUUUUAUUUUUUCUUUCGUAUCUUUUUGUUCCUGUAAAAGUACAACGCGCUACGACCAAAUCUUCUUUUAUAAUACCGCGUGGAGUUUUCUCCGAUGAUUGAGUCGUCUUUUCUCAACCUUUCGUAACAACAACGUUUUUAAGCGGUUAAUCAGGUUAAGUAAAUAAACACAAUCGUCGAUCAAUCUUCGCUGUUAAUCUUUCUUCGCUCGUUUAUCGAGGCUGUUAAUCUCGGAAAAGUGAAGAAUUUACGAUCAACGCGCCCAAGUUUACCGAACCAAUGGAAUUUUUAACGUGAUGGAGAUUCGUUAAAAAAUCGGGCUCACCAUAAAGAAAUGGGAGGCGUUGAAUUCGCAUGAAAAAUCGAGGAAACGCGACGGACUAAUGGAAAAUAACAAAUGACCAGUUGGAGGCGGACAAAUAUUGCGAGCUCUCAGAGCUCGUGGGUGUAAACGGGCGUGCGUGCGGCACGCCAAAAAUAGAGAGCAACUGGCAAAAAUGUAUUUCACGGGCAUCGUAUGGACAUCGUGUAGUUAUAUGGUAGGUCGCGUGAAUCGUGACGUUAGAGAGAUGGACGAUGUUGAUGAGACGGCGAGAUACGUACUCGCGGACGUUUGUAACGAGAGCGAUGUUGGCUCGCGCGAGGAUUUCGGGAAUAGCGUCGACGAAGGAACGAGCCUCGAGGAUUUCGUACUUCGGGUAUGUACGUCAUCUAUCCGGCGGAGGAGCUCUUUAGAAUCUACGAGAGUCCAUUGCGUCAAAGUGUCCGAUUGAGCGAGGAUAAUACGCGAUCGGAAAAUAAGCGAGAGCGGGAGGUGGUGAAGGAGGAAAAAAAGCUCGAGGAUAGCAGCAAAUCGGAGGCUAAUAAACGUAAUGAAAGCUUAGGCAAGCGCUCGGCGACGAGAAGCAAAACGAGCGAUACUCGCGACAAGAAAAACAGAGGAAACAAAAAAUCUGGGAAGCGAAAAAACUUUUGGUUUUUCAGGAGGAUAACUCGUGGCCAAAAGUGCGAAAACUCGACGAAUAAAUCCUCCACGAACAAUAAUAAGAGUGUCAAUAAUAAUAGCGAUAAUAAUAGUUAUAAAUAUCGGGACGCAUCGAAGGACGAGAGCGGUCGCUUAAACGAGAAAACGAUAUCUUCGUCCCGCAGGACGAAAACGAGAAAUUGCACGAUUAUGCAAAACAAUCGUAAUCCGGCCGACGAGGCCAGCACCGCGAGCAUCAACAGUCCCCUCAGGGACCUCACUCAAGCUAACCUCAACGAGCCACUCAAACAGCACAAUGGCAACGCCCUUAAGCUCGUACAGACCGUAUCCGAGUUCGCUCAAGAGCUCAGCGGGGCGAUGGAGAGCCACGGAUCAAACGUGCGACGUCUGGUUGACGAGUUUCGCAGCAAGUCUGGCGAGACGCGAGGGGACGCGGGAGGAAUGCGUCGCGUUUGGGAAAAUCUUUUACGCCAGGUUGAGGCUGACGCUGCUGCUCAUCUGGAUCUGGCGGCUGUUCUCCAACAACAACUGUCCAGACCCACCCUCGAGGCGAGCUUUCAUCGUAAAAUUCAGUCACGGAAGAUAUUCGCCCAUCGAGAAGCGUACGAUCAAGUGGUAGGGAAAACAGAAGAAAAGUUGCAGCGUGCUCGGGUCGAUUACAAACGAGCUUACGGGGCUUUAUUGACGAACGAUCCGACGAUCGGCGAUCCGGAAAGUCUGAGACGAGCUUAUCUCGAGGCUCACAACGCUUAUGUGCUACAGUUAAGAGCAACGAAUGCGAUAGUCGAGCGUUAUCAACAUCAAUGUUUGCCGGCUUUGUUGGCCGAAAUGGCCGAGGUUUACAAGGAGGUUUGCACGCUUACGUGCAAUUGCGUUUCCGGCAUAUGCGAAGCGACGGGAGAGCGUUCGGGCGAACAAGCCAAAAGAUACAUUUCCGUUGCGAAGGAAGCUCAAGCCGUAACAGCCGCGAACGAUCUUCAAAUUCUAGCGAGAAAUUUGGCGAGCAACGCACCAGCUAAAAAACCACCGAGACGAUUGUUCGUUGCACCCUCACCGCCUGAACAAAUCUCCGUCGAUAGACUCAAUCAAAUACCUUCCUUGAGAGACGAACUUGUCACUUUGAGCGGAGGCAAUCAGACCAUGCUCGAAGACCUUAGGAGGGAAGCCGAAAGUUUGAACCAGGAAAUUCGACGACUCCAGGACUCCCUCGACGCACUUGUACGAAUGCAACGCAAAAGCGCCGAGGGCAGCUUAUUUACAAAAGUGGCGGAGCUCCAAGAGGACAUAUCGAUGAAACGCUUCGACCUCGGUGUCGCUCAACUACAUUUAGCAGCUGUUCAAGCUCAGAAAGAGCUCUUCGGAGCCGGAGAAGCAGGACAACCCGAUCCUGUGAGCAAUCGGAAAAUGUCGAACGGCUCGACGGGAAGCAACACCAAACACAAAUGGCUCAAAGCAUUCAAAAGCCUGAAAACCAGCUCGCCCACGACUCCACCGCCCGCCGACAAAGGGAAGCAGGCAAUGUAUCAUGCCGUUUCUACUGUCGUCGCAAUGUCCAGAAAAAGCCUGGAGUCCGAAGGCGGUCACCAAUGGCGCGAAUACACUUACCGAAAAAUAACGCCGUGCGAUGCCUGCGGCCAAGUGUUACGCGGCCAUAGUCGACAGGGUUUUAGAUGUCGAGGCUGCAAAGCUAACGCUCAUGCGGAUUGCAUUAAUACGGUUCAGCCAACCAUGUGUCCGAGCUUAGCGCCAAAGAAGGGAGGAGGAAUUCCACUUUUGCGCAGACAAAAAACUACCGCUGUAACUGCCGACGACGCACCCACUGGCGAGCACAACGUGGAUGCGACGUACCAGGUGCUGAAGCAAGCCGGUGAAAUACGUGGAAACUCAACAAAUUCACCACCCACACCACCGGUAGUAGCUGACCAAGCGACCACCAUUGGUCAACAAUCCACAACGAGGACCUCUUCCCACCCUUGUUCCUCGUCUACCUCUGAUAUCAUGAAACACGAAGCGCCGCAUAGUCCUCAACGUAGACGCGAGAGACUCAAUCUCAGAAUGAAGAGCCUCAGCCUGGACUCGCCCGAGGGAUCGGCUCACGUACGUCAUCGGCCGAGGGAUUAUUACGGCCCGGGUCAAAAGGACUCGACGCCCCCUCGACAUUCGGACAGUGGCAGUAUCAACAGACUGUCUCCUUGCAGCCCCGGUCAAGGACAUCCGGUCCACAAGCACGUAAGGAGCGCCAUAAGGAUGUCGAGCAUGGAACUUCCGGACGAUAAUGAGAAAUCGUAUUCUUCGGCGAGCACGUCACCGUGUCCAUCCCCUCACACCAAUAAUCAGAAUCAUCUAAACCCAUCAGGAGGAAAGAGACUUUUACCAGCCAAUAAUCUCUACGUCGUUCUUUACAACUUUGACGCUCGUCAUCGAGACGAGCUGGAUCUCAAAGCCGGCUACAAAGUCACGGUGAUCGAAAAAUCCGAGAAAGAUUGGUGGAAAGGAAAGUGCCUGGGCGGCAGAGCCGGCUAUUUUCCGAGUGCCUAUGUGAUGCGAGUCGAAGCUGGCCAAAAAACGUUACAAGUCACGAGAAAUCUUCAGUUAGCCGAUCAGACGACUCUUUUACGUGAUCAGAUCGUAAUCCAAGUAGGCGAGGAAGUAGACGGUGUGGCGAUGGUUCGUUGCGCAGCGGAUACGAGGUCAUCGGAGCAUGUGGGUAAAGAGGGUGACGUGCGUUUCAAAGAGACGCUUUGUCCUUUGAAGUAUCUGCAGGAAGUGUGAC